UUGGCUGUCUAACACUGAGGCUGCUGCAGGCUUCAGCAAUGACAUUUUUCUCCGGCUUCAGGAGAAGAUAGAGGAAGGGGAACAGGCCUACUGCUACUGUGCUGUGAUGGUACAAGACCUGUCCCUGCAGAAGCAGCAGGAGUGGGACCCACAGACCAAGUGUCUGACAGGCUUUGUUGACGUGGGAGCAGGCAUGCUUGAUGCUGAUGAGGCUCCCCUGGCCUCAGAAGUGAUUGUCCUCAUGGCAGUUGGCAUCUCAAGUCCCUGGACAGCUCCACUUGGCUACUUCUUCGUGACCAGCACAACUGGCUGCUUACUUGCUCAGCUGCUUCGUCAGACCAUCAAUAAGCUGAACAACAUUGGGAUCAGAGUCCUGGCUGUGACAUCGGGUGCCUCUGCUCGUGGUGCUGAGACUGCCAGAGCUUUGGGCAUCAGGAUGGAUCCCAAAAGGACUCGGUGCACUUUCCAGCACCCACCAGGUUCUGUUCAGAGCAUCACAUACUUCUUUGACGUUCAUCAUGCUCUCCAGCUCGUAAGGAAUGCUCUGCAGUGCUUCCAGAAGGUCCAGUGGCUCAGUGGCACUGUGUGGUGGCAGCAUGUGGUGGAGCUGGCAGCUUUGCGGGAGCAGAGGGUGUUAGAGCCAUGCAGUCUUGAGUCAGGCAGAUCUGGGAGCAAAGAGAGUUACCACCUGAAGGUCAACCUUGCUGCCCUGUUGUUCAGUGAGGGUGUUGCUGAGGCACUGGAACACCUGCAGAAGCUGGGCCUGCCCUCGUUUCAGAACUGCAGUGGCACCGCCAAGUUUGUGCGUUUGAUGAGCUCUCUGUGUGAGGUGUUUUAUGGCAGAGAUCCCUAUGGAAAGGGACUGAAGGAGCCUUUGCUAGCUGGAAAUUACACCAAAAUAAACCACCUCUUCAAUGAGGCCAAGAGCUGCUUUGCCACCUUAACAGACUCUAUGGGGAGAUACAUUAUCAAGGGCAAACGCAAACUAGGAUUUCUGAGUUUCUUGCUCAAUGCUGAAAGCCUCAAGUGGCUUUACUCCAACUACACAUGCCCAGAAGGCACUCCUUCCCACCACCUCCAGACCCAUGCCUUCAGCCUCGACCCGCUGGAGCUGUUUCUCAGGGCCAUCCAACAAGCCUGUGGCAGCAGUGGGAAUCUUACCUGCACUGCAUUCCAGGCUGCUUAUCACAGCCUGCUGGCCAGCUGCAGCCUCUCACCAGGCUCACCACGCAGCUCCUUGGACGUAUCCCUGUCUCGUAGGAGAGACCUGACCCUUGGCAGCAUUCGUGCUCAGUAUAACCCAGUUUGUGGGAGGACAGUGGCAGCAGAGUACCCCUGCUGUGCAGGUCUCCUGCUGCACAGCUCUGCCCUGGGUGAUGCGCUGACAGACCUGUCACUGUACGCACAGAGCAUCACCUGCUCUGCUGGCUUUGUGGCUGAGCAAUUGGCCUCUGACUUGCAGUGUGAGGCUUGCCUUGCUUCCCUCUUUGAGUCAGAUGAGAGCAGGCUAAGAGGCAGGUCAGUGCUCUACGUAAAAAAGUUAGGUGGAGUGAGUCUGCCCUCAGCAAGUGUGUACCGCAUAACAAGCGUUUCAGAACAGCUCCUAAAGUGGUAUGGCAAAGUGGGAGAUGGCAACAAAAACACUAAGUUGUGGCAUUUGUCUCUAGAACAGAAAGUGCUCCAGGAGCUUGUGGGAGAAAGCCCUCUCUUCCCCACCCUCACAAACCACUUAUUUAAUGGGGAGUUGAGCAUCAACAACCACUACACAAUCUUAGUGAAGAAAAUAACGCGAUGUUACUUAAACAUCAGAACAAAUGCUGCCCAACAGCUGAACUUAAAAUACCCUUGUGGAAGUCACAGAUUGAAGAGACUGAAGAGAAAACACUUGUUUCCACCACCACUGGGUAGCAGUCAGUCCAGCUAA